AAGUAUCUGUCUAAUAUCACAAAUUUUUGUAAACGCAUAUCUAUUAAUAAUAUAUGAAACUCUAUCAGGUAGUAUUUAAGUUACUUCCUUUUCCUUUGACUUCUUUUGAUAGAAGUGGACGUGGAUCAAUUUUUAAGAUGGGUCGGCGACCAGCGAGAUGUUAUCGCUACUGCAAAAAUAAACCUUAUCCAAAAUCAAGAUUUUGUCGUGGUGUCCCAGACCCCAAAAUUCGCAUAUUCGAUUUGGGCAGAAAGAAAGCUUCGGUGGAGGAUUUUCCUUUGUGCGUUCACUUAGUGUCUGAUGAAUAUGAACAGCUUAGUAGCGAGGCCUUGGAAGCUGGCCGCAUUUGUUGCAACAAGUAUUUGGUAAAAUACUGCGGCAAGGACCAGUUCCAUAUUCGUAUGCGUUUACAUCCAUUCCACGUGAUUCGCAUUAAUAAAAUGUUGUCGUGUGCUGGAGCUGAUAGGCUUCAAACAGGAAUGCGUGGAGCGUUUGGAAAACCACAGGGUACAGUCGCUCGUGUUCACAUCGGCCAGCCAAUAAUGUCGGUUCGCUCAAGUGAUCGGUAUAAGGCCCAAGUUGUUGAAGCUCUUCGUCGUGCUAAGUUCAAGUUUCCCGGACGUCAAAAGAUCUACGUUUCAAAACGUUGGGGUUUCACCAAGUAUGACCGUGACCGUUAUGAGCAAUUACGUGAUGAAAACCGCUUGGAACCCGAUGGAUGCAAUGUCAAAUAUCGUCCAGAGCAUGGUCCCAUAGCAGCGUGGGAAAAAGCACAACGCGAUGUUUAUGCUUAAAAAAUUAUUAACUAUAUAUAAAAAUGGUUUAAUAAAUAGAGCAAUAACACUUGCAUAUUUUUAA